GUGUUAGCAAUAAGCGCUGCUUUGAAUAUCUAUACUUUUCCUUUCGCAAUUUUACUGAAUAGUCUGGUAAUAGUUGCCGUGAAAACAAACCGACGUCUUCGUACAAAAUCCAACAUCUCGCUGGCUUGCUUGGCAACAACAGAUUUUGCUGUGGGACUGAUUGUUCAACCGUUGGUCAUAACCAAUUUCAGCUUGUUCUUCAUAGGCAGCAGCCCUCAAACCAUGACCUCUACUUUUGUUUGGGUAUCCAGCGCUGUUGGCCAAACAUGCACUGCAGCUUCGCUUCUCCAUUUGUUGUUAAUGAGCGGGGAACGUUAUCUAGCGAUCAAACACCCCUUCGCCUACGAAAAUGGCCUUGUAACUGAAGCUCGUAUUAUCAUUGCAUCUAAUACGGCGUGGAUAUGCGCAGCGAUUGCCUAUGGCAUCAGAGCUAGCAUCUUUCGAGAAAUAAGUGUUGUUAUUAUCUUAGCCGUUAUCUCUACUGUCGUUUAUUGUCAUGUUGUCAUAUACAAAGAAGUUCGUCGCAACACACAGCAAAUCAUCGCCAACCAAGUUUCUUUCGCAAUGAAGGAAAAGUUACUCAAAAAUAAGAAAGCCUUUAACACAACUGUCGUGAUAGUUUUGACACUUUUCCUUUGUUAUAUUCCGAUUUGGAUUUGGCUAAUUCUUUUCAUUUUCUUAAAUGGAGAAAACGCUUCUGACGUUGGACAAAUCGCUUUCUUUCCUAUUAUAUUUCUACAAGCGUUAAAUUCGUCGAUAAACCCACUCAUCUACACUGCAAGAAUCAGACACUUUCGCGUAGCUUUCUUUCAGAUGGUAAUGAGAAAAACUCUUGCUCAGGCUGAAAAACUGGAAAAGAAGAUGUUUGGAGCAAAUCGUGUGGGAGUUGCAUGAAGUGAUACACAACCGGAAAAAAAAGAGGGGUGAGAAGGAGACAGAAAUUAAGAGAAUCAGUGGAAGUUUCUUAAUCUCUCAAUGGAAACAAGAGAAACAAAAACUGAAUGAAAUGUAAUACUGAAAAGCCUUAAAUGUAAAUGUAAAUGGUUUUACUUAUUUGAAAAAUCAGGACUUUGGAAAGGUUAAUUUAUCUCCACAAGAAUUUUUAAGAAAAAUGCGAAUACACUCUGAAGUAUUUCUCAACUUUCUCCGGUAUUAAAAGCAUUGCCCUCCGCGCUUUUUAAGGAACAAAAGCCAACAUCAAGGUAAUUUCCCACUAAACUAUCUAUGUAGAUCAUCUUAGAUUGUCCGCUAAGUUCCGAAUAUGCAUCUAAACAUACAAUUCCAAGUUUUCGUCAAAGAAAAGAAAUCCAUAGGUCAGUAUCGUAAGUAAUUAAACAAAAGAUGAUGUUGUCACUUAAUGAAAAAAAGUUAUUGGCUUCGUUGUAGUCAUGCAACAAAAUUCUGGUUAAUUGAGAGACAAGGGGAGAAUCCUUCAGCUCACAGUGUGGCCAUAUAGAAUCAACGUGCCAUAGACUUCAUCACCUUUUCUUGUGAUUACGAGUUUAUUCCUGUAAAUCCCACAAAUAUCUCUUCUGGCGGAGACCUUUAAAUCCCUCUUGCUUAUACACUUACGUUUCGCAAAAUUUUGGCAGCCUCUUCCAAGUCAUUCGAAAAAAAUAUUAAUUCCUUUAAGACUCAUUUCAAAGAGGUUGAGAGCCCAACAUCCCCAUACUUAUCAGAGUGCCAAGUUUAUGUCUUACGUGAUACAAUAAACGCUCAUUGAAAAAGCAGUCAAAUUGCUGUAAUGUAAAAAAAAACAUAUCAAAUGAUGAGCAAGAAUGAAAGUAAAGCUAAAUCGUUAAAAUCAACAUAAAAAAUAUUUCAUGGCUUAUGUAUGUUUACAAACGUCUUUCUGCUCAGUCCGGAAAAUUUUUCUCUUGCGUUUAUUCUGCGUUCAUCGUUGUUAACAUUCCCAAUAUCAUUGCUUGUCCUUUUGCAAUUUUGCCAAACAUUCUGGUGACAGUCGCCAUAAAAACAAAGCGACAACUGGGUUCCAGAUUAAAUGUCUCGCUCGCUUGUUUGGCCACACCACUUUUUCCUGUGGGACUGAUUUUUUCAACUUACGGGUACCAGAGUAAGAAGUAGAUAACACCUAGGCGAGCUAACACGACGAGCUUCAAACCACGUGCGCACGAAGAAAGUGAAGUAGAAAAAUAUUUGUCAUAAAAAUGUAUUUUAAGGGCAUUUUAUGGUUAUAAAUGGUUGUUUGACUAAGACCCUAACUAAAGACUCUUCGUUCAUUAACUUCCUUCACUAAUGAUCUUCCCUGUUACUCUCAAAUAUUGUUGAAGCGUACACGCAAGGCAUAAACUCCUGUAACGUAAAGGUUCCUUUUUAAUCAUUUUAUUUAUAUAAUUAACAUUAUACAGUAAAUGGUUUCAACCCGGAGGUAACAUAAUAGGUUAAUAGUGUAAUUGGGUGAGUGUAGUCCCUGGAAGGGACGUUGUCGGUCAAUUUUUCCGUGAUGUUAUUGGCUGUAAUACUCAAGUGGCGUAGGUCUGUCGUGAUUGGUCGGUCUUGAUCCUUUAGUAAAGUUAGGUCGUUUUGUUCAGUUCGUUUGUAAUGUUAAUGUUGUUAAUGUUCUUCCGCCCAGGUUGUUACAUGAUAAACAUUAUCAUUAAUUGUUUUCUUUCUCCUAUAGACCGUGCGCAAGACAAAAGAAAACGGUGGACCCCUUUGAGUUCCCUAACCCGGUAAUACGUUGUACGGAGCAUAAGCAACUCAACACAUUUUUUACUAACCUUCCCUUCGUUCUUCGAAUAAAAGAAAUCAAGAUCAGAAACAAUUUUUACUCACCAUUAGCCACUGAGGUUGUGUGAAAAGCCAUGGAAUUGAAAAAGAAAUGACACAAUACCCCGGUGCCUUAAGUGUCUACAUUUCCAAAGUUCCAGGCUGUGUGUUGGGCUAAUCUUCCUGUGUUAGGACUUGCUUUGGAGGUUUCUAGUUUUCCACGCGCUUCCGUCCGUGAACUCGUCAAGUGACCCUUCAUCGAUUCAGUUAGAAGUUGGUCGGUUUUCGCGCGUUUGACUCUUGUGAACCAAUAGGGGAUUUCUUAAGUCUUCCCACUAAUUUGUUUGAAACUCGGUGUCUCCAAAGUAAGCUCAAUGGAUAAGAUAGACAUGAAAUAAUCUUUCGUGGUAUUUUUUUCAAAUUAGUCUCAUAGAUUUUUUCUAAAUUGUGUUUCAAAGUUAUGUCAAAUUAAGGUCUUAUAGAUCGCCGUGACUAUAACGUUCGUUCGAGUAAACUUUCACUUCUGGAGCUCAGUUCUCAUUCUUGUUCCUGUUUCUCCAGGCGUGCCCCAUUCCCCCUCCUCAAAAAAAAAACAAACAAACAUACAAACCAACACAAAAAAAAACCAAGACCAAAUUGAGCACUUAUGAAAACAAAACCGUAAACAAAUCAUUAAAAGAUAAAAUAACAAACAACUUUACAAAAACCAAAUAGGUCCUUUAUCUUAAAUUUAACAGAAGCCCCCAAAGAAGUUCACUUAGAUCUUCGGUUAUUUUGUAAGAGGUUAAUUACAUAAACUUAUCUCCCUUUUGAUUCCACUUCAGGUCGAAAGAAAACACCGAUCCCUGUUUAUUGAGUCAUAAACGAAAAGAUAAUAACAACUGGACUCAUUAGAUAAUAGCGGAGCUUGCAUCGUGCGCAGCGUAGCCUCAUAAUUAUGCAAAAUAGCAGUAUCCCAUUUAGCCGAAGAAAUUUGGAGUGCCGAGCUUUAGUGUAGCGUACGGCGGGCACGCGGUUAGGCAUUACAUGAGGGCUUUACGUGGGCUCGUAGAUGUGAGGCCGCGUUAGCAAAGAAUUUGCAACACACCUUUUGAGCGGGAAAUCAAAUUGUUGAGGUCGUAGUUGAACAGCAAUUCUCAUAAUUUUGCAAUUUUUUAAUCAACUCGCAAAGCAACAAUAUAAUACCAGCAGAGCUAAAGCUUUGUCAACCGGAGGAAAUUUUUAUAACUCAAGUUCGUGGAGAAGGUUUUGAGUGAAAAUAGGCUGGGAAGAAAGAGAUAGAGCGACCAAAGAAAGCGAGAGGUGAAAGGCGUCAAGCGAGUCGAGAAAAACGCGUAAGAAAGUUAGAAAGGACGCUUAAAUAGGCAGAAUAAUUCGUUUCUUAUCUGGGUUUUCUUUUACGCUAACGCUCAGAAAAGUUCAAACCUUUUCUCCCCAAUCUUCGUUUGAUACUAUAUUUAGCUUAUAAUUCAAAUCAUGUUUCGUUUUUGCAUUCAUCGCUUUGAAACCCUCGCGCCGGUUCAUCGCUCGAAUAACAUUUCAAAGUGUUCGUAUUCUUAAAAUUAUUUCUUGUCCUACCUUUUCGAUCGUUUAAUACAGUCGUGGUGUUUAGGGAAAAUAAGUUAUCUGACGGGUUAUGUUUUGCCUUGAAAGUUUUAAAACGAUAGCGAACGACGUGCGCAAGUUUCUAUCAUUCUCUCUUCAGUUAACUAUCACAUGGUUUACACUGCUCAUUUUAAAAAAAAUCGCGCUUUGUCGAAGAUUUGUUGUUUUACUCUAAGAAUGAAGUAAUAGCCUUUCCCAAAAUUGAAAUAUAAUGAGAUUGAGUCAGCGAUGUUCAUGUUUACAUUAAGUCUGACGCGGUAAUUUGAUUUUCGAAAUUUUGUUAUGUGAGAACCCGUCAAACAUCUGAGAAUUAAUUUACCUAGCGCAAAUGUGUGGUGCAAACAAAUUCAAUGGUAAAAUGGUGGUAAUCGUCCUGCGGGAGGAUUGAAUUUCACUGUUCGGUUAUGGUACUUUUAACAAGUGCUUAUUACUGGGAUACCUGUGGUAGCCCAGUCAUAAAAUGCCUUUGUUUUUUUGUCGUCUUUUUUUUUUUUUUUUUUUUUUUUUUCCUCCGCCACAAAAUGGAAAAAUUGCGCAAUAGUACCCAGAGGUCAUUGGGCCCUCAACACCAUGACAACUAACUGUGAUCCAAUGAGGUGUUCACAUACUGAUCACGCGUGUUAUCCCUCAACACCAUGACAACUAACUGUGAUCCAAUGAGGUGUACACAUACUGAUCACGCGUGUUAUCCCUCAACACCAUGACAACUAACUGUGAUCCAAUGAGGUGUUCACAUGCUGAUCACGCGUAUUAUCUUGAUGAUGAUUGACGUUGUCAUGCACAGACAGGGCCGGGUCACAUGACGGACACGAGAUUUUGCUUAUAAAACUCUUUGGUCAGAUGUUUUGUAUUUCAACGUAUUUGGAUUGCGAUCUCCUGAGCAUUAUAGCGCAAACGCGCAAAAUACUUACAGACGCAUAUACAAGUCGUAUUAAUCGCGGCUAAUCCACACUGAAAGAUGUUAUUGAGCGGUAAUUUUGGAACGGAUUGAGUCGCGAACGCUUGAAAGCCAUGAAAGCCUUAAAUGCCUUGUAUGCUAAGUAUGCCAAUUUGUUAGUUGAAAAACGUUCACUUGUUGUCAAAAGCAAAAUCUGAAAUCUGAAACCAAACUGCACAUACUCUAUGCAAUCUAUUGAACAACGCUACUACCGUGAGACUGAAGAACAUAACUAUAUGGGAUGCAAACUGCUUGUGAAGAAAGACGACAUGUUGGAUUCACUUGAUGGCAAGGAACGUAGCUACGAUAACAGUACGAAUGGUAUUAAUUUCACGAUCAGAAAGGUGAAUCUUAUGUUUGUUUUCAUUGUAGUUGUAUGGAUAUUCUUUUUUAAUAAAUACGUGAUCCAAAACCCUGUGUUUUUUUGUGUAUAAUGUUGUUAUGUUAAAUAUUGUUUACGCAAUUGUCUUGUCACAAGCGGCCCGAGCUCACGUCUCGAGAAAAAGCCAAGGAUUAAUUCAUGAACGCGUCACGCGUUGUGUGACUCGGUGUUAAGUUACGAGAGGAACUGCACGUUAUAAGGAAUAGUCCAUGGAACGAAGUAUGGUCGAUUUAUAACGAUACAUAUUUCGAAAUAGGAACAUUUUUCUCGUAAAAUCAAUAAAACUUACUCAUACCCUGUGUAUCCGUUGUAUUUUCUGGCGAUUUCUACCGUUUUAAGCUUGCUUUACCAUCACUGUUCUUCACAUCAUCUACUUUUAUUACCUUGAUAAAAUCUGUACAGACAUCACACCAAUCAACUCGCGCGCAAAGUAAGAAGAAUAUAUUGAAGGCUUGAAAUAAUAUUGCGAUCGAUUUUCAUCAAGAAAUGGGCCAGGAAUAUUCCACAAUAGUGCAAAUAAUCGUGAAGGCGGAUUGCAGAAAAGCGAUUGCGUGACGCUCGGUAAGCUGUAAGAUGACAUGUUAUUAUAUACCAGACGUAAAACUCUUCAUAUUCUUAGUCUGCAUUUUGUACCCACUCUGCAGUCUGCAGUCUAUAUUUUGUAUCCGGUCUGCAGUCUGCUGUCUGCAUUUUGUACUAACAGGUAUCCGUGGCACCAAUACAGUUUAUUUUUGGUUACAUUUAUUCGCAAAACACACAUAAUCUACCACAAAAUACCUGUGAGUGAGGUAAUUCGACAUUUUCGUUCUUUCCCACAUUAAUAUUCUUCUCUCCUUUUGUAAGAAUGUAGACAUCACUCACAAUGUUUCAAGUAAUCCACCCACCCUACAAAAAAGGAACUCUUGCACGCAUAGCAUGCCUAUGUUUUGAAAUAGGUGUAUGCCCUUGGCUAGACUUGAGCGCACUAUUUCAGUAUACUAGUCCGACACCCGUAGUAUCACUACACUUGAUUCCAAGGAUCCAGUACCAUCCAGGUAUCCCAGUUACCCUGCUCACAGGGUCUAGUUUAUACCAAAUUGCACGAGAAAAAUCAUGUGAUUACGUAUUAAUAAUGUACAUGAAAAAAUACGAGAUAGCUUAUCAUAAUUAUACAGAAGCAAAGCGCGCGCAUCAAGUGCAAAAAUAAUUUAUUCAAACCGUGCGCUCGGUCAAAACAACCGCGUACGAUCAAAACAAAAAUAUGAAAUGAUAUUUUCACUUCUUUAAGGCGCAAAAACAAUCAAAUUCCGGCUAAGCAGUUCAAGAAAUUGUCCAGUCUGUGUCCAAAUCACUUUCAAUGAAAUGGAAUCGUCGUUUCCAAGGUUUAACCAUGUUUGUUUUUAAUUUCGGCGCAGGAUCGCUCGAGCAAAGUGUUAAGCUGGGUCGGCUCGUAAUUCUUUAUUUCCUUAGCAGUUCCUUUUUCUAAACACCAUUUUUUUCAAAUCGACAACCAAAAAGCAAAGCUUUUUUCAGUGUUUUCGUUGUUAGAGCUGUUUUUCAGCUGAUGUAUUGUUGUUGCGGUGGCGAAACAAAACCAACUUAAAACCCGGCCAUUGUUUCGCUCGAAAAUUUUCAGCGUAUCCAAAUGUUGCGACAUCCAAGGCUCGCGUUUGAUAAUUAUUAUUAUUAUUAUUAAGAAGGUUUAUUCAGUAAAUGUUUUCGUUUAAGAGUAAAAUACAACAUGUUUGCAUUAAUUACAUUCUCAAAAAAUGUUUAAAAAAUAUUUUAAUAAAAAAUAUAAACAUGUUGGUAAAAUUCGAGGCUGUAAAGAAGCAACGUGCCAUAAACUACAUCACCCUUUUUUGUUCGCUUUGUGUGCGACACACACAAAUUGUAAAAAAAGGCCCAAGUGCUGCUCACUCUAUUUUUGUACUGCUUAGACAUACUUGUGAAACCCAAACAGGUGAAAAAAGUUAUCCUUAAUUGCAUCCUGGGUUUCAGUUUGGACUCAAUCAAGCUAUUACUGGUGUUGAUUUAAGAUUUCUUGGUUGUUCGACUCAGCAGGAUCAUUCCUCCAUCCAUCCGGUUAAUGUAGUCUUUUUCCAUUUUUGUUCGAUUAGAUCUUUUAACCUCUCUGCUUACACCGACAACAGUUUCGUUGGUAAUAGUUUCUUAAUCAAUUCACUCUUAUAGAUGACUUAUGUUGCAUUCGCUGCUUUUCUCCAUUGACAACAAUACACGUUGAAAAUAAAUUUAUCAUAAACGCCUUCCGAGAGGAAAUCAUUAUCAAAUUACCACCAAGUCAGUUUUUAGCCCUUAAAGGCCAUUUCCUUUGAAUGCAUAAUUUAACGGCAAGCUUUUUGUCCUUCGUUCUCAUUAAAAUCGUUUAAAGAAAUCACAAAUUACUUGUCAAGUAUUGUGGAGAAUGCUUGCCAAUAUCUGGAAUACUUUUCCACUCAUCUACUCAGAUCUUUUGGGAUUGUUUCCUUUCCAGUUUUCCGCAUAUACAUUCAAACAGACGUCAUAGACAAAUAAAUCAUCUAAAUGUUAUUUUGGGUUCGCAGUAAGAGCUGCUUUGAACAUCUUCACUUGUCCUUUUGCCAUUCUCCUGAUUAUUCCAGUGAUAUUUGCCGUGAAAGUAAAGCGAAGACUCUGCACAAAAUCUAACAACUCGCUGGCUUACUAGACCACAGCAGAUAUAACUGUAGGACUGAUUUUUCAACCUUUGACCAUGACCAAUUUCAGCUUGAUGCACAUAGGUAGCAGGAUUCAAACCGUGACCUGUACUCUUAUCAACGAUUCAUAGCAAUCGAGCAAUUAUCGAUUGCAAGAAUACACAUCGAAAGAUGAAUUUAUCAUGAAAGGUCUUCCGAGAGGAAAUAAAAAUGAAAUUACUAACGAGUUUUCAGUUUCAAGUGUAGCUCUUAAAAGCCCCUUCCUAACUGCGUCAAUUUUCUUAGGAAGCUUUUUCCCCUACUCUUUCUUUAAAAUAAUCUAAAUAAAGCAAAUUGCUCUUGGUUUGUUACGUACGAAGAGCAAAAGCCAACAUUUAAGUACUUUUUCACUCAACUUCUCAGCCUUCCGCCUAUAUAUUAAAACAGACAAUACUUUUGUACUGGAGUAAAAAUCAAAGAACAAUAGCAAGUUGUUUCGUUGUAGUCAUGCACCAUAAAACACAGUUAAGAGAGAGACAAGGAAGGAUUUGCUCCACUCCACAUGCGACCAAAAAGAAUCAACAUGCCAAACGCUACAUCACCUUUUAAUGGUUUCGAAUUUCUCUCAAAAAGUCGCACAAAUAUCACUUCUGGCGUUUAUUCUGUGUUAGCAAUAACCACUGCUUUGAAUAUCUUCACUUGUCCUUUCGCAAUUUUACUGAAUAGUUUGGUACUAGUUGCCGUGAAAACAAAGCGAAAUCUUCGAACAAAAUCCAACAUCUCGCUGGCUUGCUUGGCCACAACAGAUUUUGCUGUAGGACUGAUUGUUCAACCGUUGGCCAUAACCUUUUUCAUCUUGUUCCUCAUAGGCAGCAGCCCUCAAACCAUGACCCGUAUUGUUGUUUGCGUAUCCAGCGCUGUUGGCGAAACAUGCAUUGCAGCUUCGCUUCUCCACUUAUUGUUAAUGAGCGGGGAACGUUAUCUGGCAAUCAAACACCCCUUCGCCUACGAAAAUGGCCUUGUAACUGAAGCUCGUAUUAUCAUCGCAUCUGGUAUGGCAUGGACGUGCGCAGCGAUUAUCUAUGGCAUCAAAACCAGCAUCCUUCGAAAAAUAGGUGUUGUCCUUAUCUCAGCUGUUAUCUCCGCUGUAGUUUAUUGUCAUGUUGUCAUAUACAAAGAAGUUCGUCGCAACACACAGCAAAUCAUUGCCAACCAAGUUUCAUUAGCAGUGAAGGAAAAGUUACUCAACAAUAAGAGAGCUUUUAAAACAACUGUCGUGAUAGUUUUGACACUUUUCCUUUGUUAUAUUCCGACUUGCAUUUGGUUGAUUGUUUUCAUUUUCUUGGAUAGAGAAAAAUCCGUUGACAUAGGACAUAUCGCUUACUUCCCCAUUACAUUUCUGGUAGUGCUAAAUUCGUCGAUAAACCCACUCAUCUACACUGCAAGAAUGAGACACUUUCGCUUGGCUUUCUUUCAGAUGUUAACAAGAAAAACUUUU